AUGUCUUCUGCUGAAUUUUUGGUCCUUAGAGGUACUUUGGAAGGUCACAACGGUUGGGUCACUUCAUUGGCCACUUCCGCUGGUCAACCAAACUUGUUGUUGUCCGCUUCCCGUGAUAAAACUUUGAUCUCCUGGAAAUUGACUGGUGAUGACAAGCAAUACGGUGUCCCAGUUAGAUCUUUCCAAGGUCACAACCACAUUGUUCAAGACUGUUCCUUGACCGCUGACGGUGCUUACGCUUUGUCCGCCUCUUGGGAUAAGACUUUGAGACUAUGGGAUGUCGCCACUGGUCAAACUUACCAAAGAUUCGUCGGUCACAAGUCUGAUGUUAUGUCUGUUGCCAUUGACAGAAAGGCUUCCAUGAUCAUCUCUGGUUCUCGUGACAGAACCGUUAAGGUCUGGACUAUCAGAGGUCAAUGUUUGGCUACCAUGUUGGGUCACAACGACUGGGUUUCUCAAGUGAGAAUCGCUCCAACUGAAGAUGCUAACGAUGACACCGUCACCGUUAUCUCUGCUGGUAUGGACAAGAUGGUUAAGGCUUGGAACGUUAACCAAUUCCAAAUUGAAGCUGACUUCAUCGGUCACAACAACUACGUUAACACCAUCACUGCUUCUCCAGAUGGUUCUCUAGUUGCUUCCGCUGGUAAGGACGGUGAAAUCAUGUUGUGGAACUUGGCUGACAAGGUCCCAAUGUACACUUUGUCUGCUCAAGACGAAGUUUUCGCUUUGGCCUUCUCUCCAAACAGAUACUGGUUGUCUGCUGCUACUUCUUCCGGUAUCAAGAUCUUCUGUCUAGAUCCAAAAUACUUGGUUGAUGAAUUGAAACCAGAAUUCGCUGGUUACACCAAGGCUUCCGAACCACACGCCGUUUCCUUGGCUUGGUCCGCUGAUGGUCAAACUCUAUUUGCUGGUUACACCGACAACGUCAUCAGAGUUUGGCAAGUUAUGACCGCUCACUAA